AUGUUACGUAUUGAUUUUGUUAAAAUUAAAAAUAAAUGGAGCAACUUUGAUAAUGGAUACAAAUGUUGUGACAAUAAAUGUAUAAAUGCAGACAAUCCUAUUGACAAUUGUAUUGAAGGAAAUGGAUUUGGAAAUUUACUUGACGAUGAAAAUAUUAAAUAUGUUAAUUGUUUGAAGGGAUGUAAUAAAUUAGUUGCCAUUUGUGCUGAAAAUACAUUCAAAAAACCACAAAAUUGUUUAAAUUAUUCUUUAUUCUAUUUUGAAAUUAAAUGUAAAUUUGAAAGAAAGUAUUAUGGAAAAUUUAUGAAUAUUGGUCUUCAAAAGUGUGGUAAAAAUAAAUAUAUUAGGUAUCGUGCAAAGUAUUCUAUGAUUAAAAAUGAGAAAAAUGAAGAAUUUAAACUCUUACAAACACUUCCUUGGAAUGAAGAUGAUAUUUUUGGUUGUGGACUAGUUUAUCCUUCAACUAAUAAGUUAAAUGAAGUAUUUCCUUAUGUUUUCUUUACACAAAAUGGAAAACAAAUUGGUAAGGCUAUAUUAGUAAUGGAAAGUAAUGACUUGUACAGCCCAUAUGUAUUGCUGAAAUGUUGUUCAAUUGAGGCUAAUUUUGGGAAUGAUUUGGAGAAUAAGCCGUUUAAAUAUGAUAUUUCAGAACAUUUAAUUUGUGAUGAAUUUUAUUGA